ACUACCUUCGCGCGGCUGUGAGAAGCAGCUCCGGCGGGCAGCCCCGGGUUACUCCGAGCGGCCGAGGAGGCGCCCGAGGCCAGGACGCGGACUCCACAGCUAGCGACGCCUGGGCAUCCGUUGUCCAUCACCAGGUCAUCUAAGCCGAACUUGAAGUCUGUGUGGCUGAUUGCAGAGCUGUCUUGACACCCUGAGGACCCUGAUCGGCGACCCUCAGUGGGCUGAGGCCGACCCGACGGACCCCAGAGGCGCGAUUUCUCAGCACUGAUUGCAGAGGCUGGAGCGGAAACAAAGGCGUACACUUGCUCCUGACAUCAUUCCCUACUGAGAUACAAGGAAGGCAGAGCCCUGGAACGUUGCUUUGGAGGUUCCUCCUGCAGAUUAGGCUUUUCAGAGAAGCCCGUGCAUUUUGUUAUAUUCAGCUAGCCAGUCAUUAUCGAUUAUGGCUAGCAUCAUUGCACGUCUGGUUAACAGCCGGGGGCAGAACGCACCCUUGCCACCUUGGGCCUAUUCCAUGCUGAGGUCCCUGGGGAGGAGCCUUGGUCCUUUAAUGGCCAGCUUGGCAGAGAGAAACAUAAAGUUGUUCUCCGGAAGGGUGGUGCCAGCCCAGGGGGAAGAAACCUUUGAAAACUGGCUGAUUCAAGUCAAUGGGGUCUUGCCAGAUUGGAAUACCUCUGAGGAGGAAAAGCUCAGGCGCUUGAGGAAGACCCUUAGGGGCCCUGCCAGGGAGGUCAUGCGCUUGCUCCAGGCAGCCAACCCCAACCUAAGUGUGGCAGAUUUCUUGCGGGCCAUGAAACUGGUGUUUGGGGAGUCUGAAAGCAGCGUGACUGCCCAUGGUAAAUUUUUUAACACCCUGCAGGCACAAGGGGAGAAAGCGUCCCUUUAUGUGAUCCGUUUAGAGGUGCAGCUCCAGAAUGCUAUUCAGACAGGGGUCAUAGCUCAGAAAGAUGCAAACCAGACUCGCCUGCACCAACUCCUUCUAGGGGCUAAGCUGAACAGGGACCUGCGCUUCAGGCUUAAGGAUCUUCUCAGGAUGUAUGCAAAUGAGCAGGGGCGUCUUCCUGAUUUCCUGGAGCUAAUCAGGAUGAUAAGGGCGGAAGAGGAUUGGGAUGGCACUUUUAUUAAACGAAAGCGGCCCAAAAGAUCUGAGUCAGUCAUGGAGAGGGCAGCUAACCCUGUGGCAUUUCAGGGCCCUCAGCCAACAGCAACUGGCAGUGCUAACUGCAGCUUGAUAGAGAUAGAUGAUACCCCUGAUGACUCAGAUGAGGAUGUGAUCCUGGUGGAGCCUCAGGAUCCUCCACUUUUAUCCAGGGCUGCUCCUCCUCCCACACGCAAGGCCAGACCUCAGGAUCAGGUGCUGGUCAAUGAUUCCCCCAGCGACUCCGGGGCCCAAUCUCCUUCCACCAGUGGUGGUUCUGGGCAUAAGAAUGAUGGUCCUGGGGAUAAGCGUAAGGCCAGGAAGCGAAAAUACACAAUCCACUGUUCACAUCGCGGUGAAGAGGACCACUCGAAAGAAACUUGUAAUGAGAGCAACAAGGCCCAGGUUUUUGAUAAUCUCAUUAUCACCCUGCAGGAACUGACACACACCAAGGAGGAGGAGCCAAAAGAGGUCUCUGGCGAACACAAUGACCCCUCUGAGCCACAGAGAGGUGCUAGCCCCCAGCCCUAAAUGAACCCUUACCUAUAUUCAGAGCCGGGUGGUGGGAAGACCAGGGAGGGAUUCUCAUUGCAUGCAUUAAUCCUCAGAGCAACUUUCUUUUGGGGUGGAGGAGAAAAAGUCUUGGAUACCAGUACAGGGGAGGGGGAUGGCCUGACCUCUCUGUCCCUGCUCCCUCCCUGCCUAAGGGUAUGUUUUCUGUGUGUGUCUAUCUCUUUGAUGGCUUUACUCUCUUUGUGAAAGUGGUACAAGGAGAAGUACAAAAAACGAAAGUACAAAUAUCUGAAACCCUCCACCCUUAUAUAACCAUUGUCAACCCUUUAUUGAAUGCCCUUCUAGAUACUUCCCUAUACCUGCGCACUUAGAUAGAUUUAUGUAUAGAUAAAAGUGAUCAAAUAUAAGUGCUGUUCUAUACUGUGUAUUUUUUCACCAAACAAUAUAUGUUGUAGGCUUCUUUCUUUGUUAAUAAAUAUACAUCAGCAUCUAUUUUAAUGUCUCUGUGGUAUUACUUUAGGAAGAAGUAAAAAAAAUCAGAAAAAUGUAAUAAAAAGCUGCAAAGAGGGAUCAUACCAUGAGGUGAGGUUUUUUAUCAACCUCAUUCUACAAACAAGGAAAAGGGAAGACGAAACAGCCUAUAAUAUCUCCCAAAGGUAAAGGGGGAAGAGCUCGUUACCAC